CGCCGCCAUGCGGAGGGAAGCGGCACCGCGCUGCUCGGCCAGCGCGGCGGACAAGAUGGCGGCUCCCAUGGAGCUGAGCUGCUGGGGAGGUGACUGGGGACUGCCGUCCCUGCACCCGGAGUCUCUCACCGUCAUGGCUUACGCCAAAUUUUCUGGUGCUCCCCUGACAGUGAAUACUAUAAAUAAGUCCUGGAGAACUCCGAAAGGAGAUCUACCAGUCCUGGUAUCAGAAGACAUUGUUAUUUCUCAGCCAGCAAAAAUACUAAACUUUUUAAGAAAGCAGAAAUACAAUGCUGAUUAUGAUUUGUCUGCAAAACAAGGAGCUGAUACACUGGCCUAUAUUGCACUACUUGAAGAGAAAUUGCUUCCUGCUCUGCUGCACACUUUCUGGAUUGAGGCUGAAAAUUACUGCAGUGUGACAAAGCCAUGGUUUGCCUCAAGGAUUGCCUUCCCACUGAGUUUGUAUCUGCCUGGAAAGAUGUCCAGGGAAGCGCUGAACAGGAUCUUGCUGACCAAGGGAGGCCCUCCACUCUACAGUCUCACUGAAGUGGAAGCACAGAUAUACAGGGAUGCCAAGGAGUGCCUGAAUCUCCUGUCGAAGAGAUUGGGAACAUCUCAGUUUUUCUUUGGAGAUACGCCUACCACCUUGGAUGCCUUUGUGUUUGGUUUCCUUGCACCAGUUUAUAAAGUGUGCUUCCCAAGGGUACAUUUGCAAGAGCAUUUGAAACAGCUUCCCAAUCUGUGCCGAUUUUGUGAUGAUAUUUUAACUUGCUACUUCAGGUUAACUGUCUCAGGCCAUUCUCCAGCUGGACAGGAUACAGCAGAUGCUAAUCUGCAGAAACUCACACAGCUUGUAAAUAAGGAAUCCAACUUGAUUGAAAAGAUCCGGCUCUCAUUGUUUCUCUGCAGAUGGAUGACAACCUUCGUAAGAGUCCUCAGCAUGCCCCUCGUAAGCUCACAACGCUCAAGCUUGCUGCAGGAGGAGAAGAAAGCAGUCCAAUAAGUCGUUUAUCACCUUGACUCUCCUGUUGCCCAUAAAUGUGUAUUUUGUAACUCAGCUGAGUGCCACAAUAGAUUUUUUUCACAUGAAUGUUUCGCAAGGGAAGAAUCUGCUAACAGGUACAAGUAGAGAAGAACUAGAGCUUUACAGUCUUCUGGCUACCUGUUCUUUUGAGAAAUUGCAUAGAUCAGACUGGCCACACACUACGCUGAAGCUAAGCUAAGCUAAACAAGGCUUAUUACUGCAGAUGUUAACAUGAUUUUUGUACAGCAUAUUUUUGCCUUUAGCCUAGCAGAAAUGUUUACCUAAAGUUAAGAAUCUGCUUAUGGAAUGUUCACUGUUAUUUUAUUUUGUGGGUUUUAAUUUUACUGUAAUCAUGUUACUGUAUGUGAGUGGGUGUAGUCUUUGUCUGAAAAGGACAAAGUCCAGUUGCAAAGUGUGAAAAGACAAAAUGUUGCCAUUCAUGGCAGCUGAGACAUGAAAUCAAUGACAGGAACGUAAAUAUUUUUAUUGUGCUUUAAUGAACUUGGGAUCUGUGUUUUAUGGUUGUUUGUAUCUUUGAAAAUUUGUCAUGUUGUACUUUGAAGGGGAUUAUUGAAAAGCAUGUGCGCUAUGGGGAUUAAAAUGAUGCACAGUGCUAACACUUCACAGUACCUCGUAUUAGUCCUUUGUGAAACAGGCUUAAACUGUGCACAGAGUAAUACCACAGGCUGCAAAACUGUUAAGUCAAAAUCACAGAAAACUUGUAGUGAACGGAGACAUUUGAUUAGUUGCUGUCAGGACAAGACUUGACUAGCAAAUGUACUGCAUCUAUGGAUUGAAAGGGACAGGUUACGGCUUUAUAAGAAAGCUGAUGUAGGCAUUUAAACGUGUCAUAAAUGCCUCUUAAUUAGUUUCAUCUUAUUUUAUAAUAAGCACUACAAUUCAUUCAAAAAUUAACUAAAAACUCAAAAUUUUUGCUAUAUGAUGGGCUAUUUGGUUAAGAGCUCUUUUCUCUUUGCUAACUGUGGUAUAUUGCAGGGCCUAUUUCUUCUGUUGAGUUACAUUUUGUCUUUAACAGAAGCCUUGCCAGUUCUAGAGACCCAAGCAAUUCUGUUACAAGAGAGAUGCUGUAAUUUUUUGACUGGCAAAGUACUGGCAGAUGCUUCAUGAGUAGGUGUAAAGAGAUUUAGACAAGGAGAUUGGCCAAAGUGGCAGUGCUUCGGAUAUAGAAUUCUGAUAGCAGUAUGUGUGGGAUAACUGUUCUGGGAGGUGAUGUUUUGUUGUUUUUCUGGCCAAACCAAAAUGGUCUUUCAGCUUCACUUUGGCUACUAGUCAUGUUUGAGAUACACAGAUAAAUUACUUCCUAUUUGUAAAGACAAGAUGGUAGAUUGUGUACAUAUUGUACCUUUGGACUUGAUAUGUAAGGAAUGUAAUAUCUUUAACAUUUCUUAUUUGAAAUGUUGGGUUUCUAAUGAGCACUUUAAAAUACUGUUUAAGCUUUAUGCUCUGACUAGAGUAUUUAUCGCAGUGAUUUGAAAUUAAUUUCGCUCAUACUCAUAGCUGUAUAAACUGACAGUCCAUUACAUGCAAAAGUAAUUUAAAUGUUGAAAAUUCGUACUGCCUACCUUGACAAGAUUUAUGUGAGAUCAUGUCACAAAGCUUUCCAGAGCUUUUCUUUUACAAACAUGACUGUGGAGAAUAUGCCUUAGUUUGUCGCUUUUGUGAAUGCAUACACUCAGCCUAUAAAAUCUCUUUGUAAAAAGGGUUGUUAUUCCAAGAUUAAAAUUCUGGAUUUUUAGUGGAA